CUCAUUCAUUUCUGAAUAACUCAGGAGUAUAUGCCUUUAGUUGGAAAGUGAUAUUUUUGUUAUAUCGUUGAAAGUGAACUGCGUUUAAUAUUACCCCUUAUGGUUCGUUUCAAGUGUAUAGAGUAUUUGAUGCCCUACUUCGUGUUAAUGAACGUCUGUGUAGUUCUCCGUUUGGCCUGUUAGUGGUAGCAGAUCAUUGCGCGUCAAGUCGCCGAAGAAGUAAGACCGGAAACAGACAGCGCACGGCGGAAAAUGGUGUUGUACUCUCUGAAAGUAAAACAAGGAUGUGGGCGGAGUCUCAGCAAGGGCCGUCCAGAUGCCCCCCAUGCAAACGAGGAUACUGCACCUACUGCCAAGUCCUUUACAGCGACCUGGAUCAGCAUCUAUCCAGUCUCAGACACCUGGAUUGUGUUGGAGCGUCCUCCAGGACGUCUCGCAGUAUUUCCUUCUCUGACAGCCGCUCCGGCAAUGAGACUCUACUGGAACGUUUCCUGCAGGAUGUCUUGUUGCACCACCCACACUGCUACAACGAUACCAGACCAUCAGACGCAGACCUUCCGUCAGUCUCCAACCCUCUUUUGCCGAGGGAGGUGCUUGAUGAAGUGUGUUUGUCUGAUGACGACAGCUGGAUGUUGGGUACCCGGGAGCACAGCUCAGACAAUGUGUCUGAUCACAUGACUAAUCCAGAAGAAGAUCCUGGUCCUGGUAGCCAGUUAAAGAAAAGAGGGCACAGACAUUCUUCACCAGCAGAAGAGCAGAAUUACGCAAUGAGCGUUACCUCAGGGCAUACACAUCUGUCUAAACAUCAGGCUAAGCCACCUGUGCACCGGAAGGCACACAGGAAAACUGACAGGAGGAAAAACCCUUCACCCAAGGGUGCAGAUGCUGGUACACGGUCCCUGUCUGUCCCUGUGCCACAGCAUUGGCAAAGCUGGCAGAAGCAACAGUUGGCAGCUAACAGUGUGCCUCCGCACACUGACCUUCUGGACCAAACUAUUGAAGAGGUGAUCCAAACAUACUGUCAUGGAGACUGUUUGAUCACCUGUCCUCAAGAGGAGACGGAGAGCUUUCACAUUAGUCCGCCUCACUCUCUUCAAACACACUCGGACUGGGACUCACCUGUACAGAUGCAGUCCCAUGUCCAGACGCAGGUGAGGGACUUCAGCCAUCUGACUGAUGUCCAGGUAGACCUGACAGACGAGUUGUACUCCCACCAGCUCGACUCCGUCCUCCACAGUGAGCAACGUGUGGCCCAAGUAUUUUGUGGCGUACCAGGAGAAGAGACAAUACCACAGCAUUUGCCAGAAUCCUUCAGAGGGAAGACAUGGACCCAGAUUGAAGCGGAAGACAAGAAGAAGGUGGACGAGCUGGUCCUGCAGUUCAGACAAGGUCGUUUUGUCUGCUGCUUCGACAGCGAGUCACUAGCAAGGUUUGGCACCGGAAGCAAACACAGGAGUAAGCGUGGUCAGACGGAUGCAGCGUCAGACAUGGUUUUCCUUCCUCUGCUGAACACCCAUGAGGAGGAAGUCAGAAAGAGGCGGUGCUUUAGGAUGGCGUCCAGGUGUCAAGUAGUGAAAGUGAGUCACAGCACUCAGACCAUCCACUUUGUUGUCCCCACUGUCAAUCAACCACCCACACAGGCCACUCCCAAAUCGGUGCCUCUCCUUGGAGCAGAAAGAACUCCUGAGGUGCAAUGUAAGCGUCUUCCGCCUUCGUACUCCCCCAUCAUCACGCCUCUGCAGGCCAGUACCUCCCUGGUCCACCUUCUCUGUUCUCCGACAUUUCCCGCCCCCCUAUACACAUCUGCUGCAGGGUCCGCCCCUAAACGCAGCAGGAGAAGGCAGCGUCCACUAGACUUUCAGAGCUCGAAUGUCAAAUAUAAACCUUUUCCAGUGUGCUUCUAUGAUCACUGUAGCAAUCGCAUCAUAAAGAACCCUCCCAAAGGUUUUGUGGGAACUAAAAGUUCCCCCCUCUCUGGGCCCUUGCCGUCAUGUGUUCGUCAGCUGUUCCGAAGUCUGAGCCCGGACCUGAACGCUGAGAGAUUGUCAGGGGAGGUAGACUCUUCCAGGGCCAAAAGUCACAGGUUAUUAGAUACCACCUCCUCCAUCAGCGGUCAUGUUGCCAUGAGCACGCUCAGUACGGACUCAGCACAGACCCUUAAACGCGAAACAGUGCGGAGGCGGGCCAUGGCGGCCACACUUGUGCAUCCAGGCAGGUCAAAGCGGGAAAGAAUGGCUAUGGAACAAAGGCCAAGACUCCCCAAGAAGAGUAUCCGAAUUCAGAACAGAACACGUGGUCUCCAUCACAUGUCCUCCACACAGCCACACCUCCGACGAGGACGGUCUCAGAGAGGGAGGGGCUGUGACAAGACUGCUUAGUAGCACAGCUGACAUAAAAAAAUGUGUGUGGGUUAAUACUUUAAAUCAUGGGUGUCAAACUCUGGCCCGCGGGCCAAGUUUGGCCCGCCGUGUAAUUUCACUUGGCCCUUGAGGCGAUAUCAAAUUAACACUAGAGCUGGCCCGCCGAUUAUAUUCAGCGGCGGUGCCGCGGUACACCACAUUCACCGCUGAUUCUCAUACUUGCCAACCCUCCUGGGAGUCUCUCAAAUUUCAGUGCCCCUCCCAAAAAUCAUCACGUCCGCUUUUCACCAAGUCCAGCGAAAGCUGGCCCAGUCACAUAAUAUGUGCGGCUUUUACCC